GUGAGCGGUAAUCCUAGGAACCGUUGCUUCGAUGGAGCGGGAAUGGCGGGCUCCUCCGACGAGUCCACUCCUCUUCUCCUCUCCGCUCCCCCCGAUUUCUAGGGUUUCCUCCGAUCCCCUCUCGCGUGCGGUAACCCGUGUCCCCCUCCGAUUCUCGCGUCCAUUGCCCUAACCCUGUUCCCCGAAUUUCCCCAUUCAAAUCGCGCGCCUUAACUGGGGAAGCCUCCCCCGGAUCGGCGCCUCGCUUCCUUUCUCGGCGAAUUGUUUCAUUAAAUUUGAUUUUUCCUCAUUUUUUUUUGCGGUUGUUUCUGUGUGAUUUGAUUUGGAUCCGGGUGGAUUCGGUGGAUUCGGUCGAUUUGGUUGAGUUGACUGGGUUUUGCAUUUGUUGAUUCGGUAAUGGGAUUUGGAUUUGGUGGUGCCAUGGAUUUGAUUCGUGUUUUGAGGAUUUUAAUGGUGUUGGAUUUCAAUCCGUUCGUACAUUGUAGAAAGUAGUUGGCAAAAUCAAGCUGGAGAAUUGGAUUUACAAGGGAGUGGUGUGGAAUUAAGAUUUCGUCAUCGAAUUGAAUUGGAUUUUGAUAUAAUUUGUUGUGGAAAGAGAUGGAUUCGGCGAAGAGUUGGUUCCAAAAGCUGCAGCCUAAGGAGAAAUCCACAAUGAAGAAGAAAGAUCUGCCACCCCAUGGAAAAGAAGGAAAUGAUGAGGCACCGUCGAAUGCUACAAAGCAACGAGUUGCGGCGGCUAAGCAAUAUAUAGAGAAUCAUUACAAAGAGCAGAUGAAGAAUUUGCAGGAGCGUAAGGAGCGGCGUUAUAGUUUGGAGAGGAAGCUAGCAGAUGCUGACAUGUCUGAAGAAGAGCAGAACAAUAUUCUGAAGUACUUGGAAAGGAAAGAGACAGAAUACAUGCGUCUUCAGAGGCAUAAAAUGGGUGUUGAUGAUUUUGAGUUGUUGACAAUGAUAGGAAAGGGUGCAUUUGGCGAGGUCAGGGUUUGUAGCGAGAAGACCACUGGAAAUGUAUAUGCUAUGAAGAAGCUAAAAAAAUCAGAGAUGCUACGUCGAGGACAGGUUGAGCAUGUUAAGGCUGAAAGGAAUCUUCUUGCGGAGGUUGACAGCAGCUGUAUCGUGAAGCUAUAUUGUUCCUUCCAGGAUAAUGAGUACUUGUACCUUAUCAUGGAGUAUUUACCUGGCGGUGACAUGAUGACUCUUCUUAUGAGGAAAGAUACAUUGACCGAGGAUGAAGCCAGAUUUUAUGUUGGAGAGGCAGUUCUUGCGAUAGAAUCUAUCCACAAACACAACUACAUUCAUAGAGACAUCAAGCCUGAUAAUCUGUUACUAGACAGAUAUGGUCACCUUAAGCUGUCAGAUUUUGGAUUGUGCAAACCAUUAGAUUGUAGUAAUUUUCCAAACUUACAUGAAAAGGAUAUUUCACAAGGGAAGAACUAUAGUGGAUCUUUACAAAGUGACGGACGACAAUCUUUGCCAAAAAGGACUCAGCAAGAACAACUGGAGCACUGGCAAAAGAAUAGAAGAACUUUGGCUUACUCUACUGUUGGCACACCUGACUAUAUUGCUCCAGAAGUUUUACUGAAGAAGGGUUAUGGGAUGGAAUGUGAUUGGUGGUCACUUGGAGCUAUAAUGUAUGAAAUGCUGGUCGGUUAUCCACCAUUUUACUCAGAUGAACCUAUGGCAACAUGCAGGAAGAUAGUAAAUUGGAGAACACAUUUAAAGUUUCCUGAAGAAGCAAGGAUAUCUGCAGAAGCAAAAGAUCUUAUCAGUAAGCUGUUAUGCAAUGUCGAUCAACGUCUUGGCACAAGAGGUGCUGAUGAAAUAAAGGCCCACCCUUGGUUUAAAGGAAUUGAAUGGGACAGAUUAUACCAAAUGGAGGCUGCAUUUAUACCUGAGGUUAAGGAUGAGUUGGACACUCAAAACUUCGAGAAGUUUGAAGAGUCUGAGGAUCAGACUCAGACUUCGUCAAAAUCCGGCCCUUGGAGAAAGAUGCUUUCCUCGAAGGAUUUAAAUUUCGUCGGCUACACAUAUAAGAACUUCGAGAUUGUAAACGACAAUGAAGUGCCUGGGAUGGCUGAGCUGAAGAAGAAGAGUAAAUCAAAGAGACCAACUAUCAAGUCUCUCUUUGAAUCGUCCGACGGUGAUGACGAAUCCGACGAACCCGUUGAAGGGAGCUUCCUCAAUCUCUUACCUUCCAAACUCGAGGUCUCGAAGAGCCAAAGCUCAUCAUCUUAGAAAUACUUGCAAACGAUUUUUUUACUUUUUUUUUUCUUUUUUGUGCAAAAAAGAAAAUCAUUUGUUCUGCAUUUGGGCAGAUUAUAACCUUUGUAUAUUAUAUCUCGUGAACGUAAAUAUUUUUUCUUCUUUUCGAACUAAUUGUGUGAUAAUCUCUUUUUUUGUUGUCA